UAUAAGCUGUUCACAAUACUUUUACUGUUCAAAUCGGUCAUAAUUCAUCAUCUUUACACGAUUUUUCAUUAAUUAAACCUGCUUGUGAUAUGCUGUACUAAAAAUGGUUGUUUUUAAUAUCUAUAUUUUCAAUCGUGACGGCACAUUUCUUUAUUAUUAUGAAUGGAAUCGACGAACUAACAUUGAUAUGCCAAAAUUUGAGGAAUUCAAGUUAUUACAUGGCAUGCUGUUUUCAAUCAAGUCUUUUGUAACUAGAUUAUCACCAACAGAUGGGAAGAAUUCCUUCUUAAGUUAUCAAACAAAUAAAUACAAAUUGCAUUUUUAUGAAACCCCAACUGGUCUUAAGUUUGUGAUGAAUACAGAUCUCACUGUGGGAAAUAUUAAGCCUGUUCUUCAUGAUAUCUAUAAUAAGGUAUAUGUCGAAUACAUUAUUAAGAAUCCUCUAGCAAAGCUAAAUGAACCUAUACAAAGUUCUUUAUUUAGUACUAAACUAGAUGAGCUUGUAAAGUCCCUGCCAUUUUUCUAGACUCAUAGAACAUCAGUUAUAAAUAAUGAAACUUAUUUGUUAUGUAUUAGGUGAAUUAUAUCAGAGAAAAUGUUGGAGAAAAUGAAAA